GCUCGCGGUGGUCGCCGGCGGCGGCAUCCUCCCGUUCCCCUUGGAUCGGUGAGAGGACAGGCUCUGAUGGGGGGAGGAAAGAAGUCCAGGAAUCGCGAAGUCCUUUUUGAUGGUGAUGUGGUGGGUGGUGACCGUUGGCACGCGAUCCGACGGCGAGCGUGCGGGCCUGCUCUGCUUAGUGGGACCAGAUCCACCGCCCACCGCAGCCCGAACCCAAUCCUCGGGAUCAGGAUGGCUGCCAAGGCGGCGCCGGUCGGCAGGCCAGGGCUCCUCCUCCUGCGCCGCACGGACGCCACCUUCUCCGCGGCGCUGCGCGCGCGCUACCGCGUCUACGACUUCUACGCAUUGGGCGCGCCCCUCCGCGCCUUCCUCGCCGCCGCCGCCGCGGAGCCGGACCCCCCGCGCGCCGCGCUCGUCGUGGCCGGCGGCGCCGUCCUCGUCGACGCGGCGUUCAUGGACGCCGUGCCCUCCCUCCGCUGCGUCGUCACCACAGGCGCGGGAGUGGACCACGUCGACCUCGCCGGCUGCGCGCGCCGCGGCGUCAUCGUCGCCGGCGCGGGGAAGAUCUUCUCCGUCGACGUCGCCGACCACGCCGUCGGGCUCCUCAUCGCCGUGCUCCGCCGCGUCUCGGCCGCCGACCGCUACGUCCGCGCCGGGCUCUGGCCGGCUCAAGGGGACUACCCACUUACCUCCAAGCUGAGCGGCAAGCGCGUGGGCAUCAUCGGCCUCGGCAGCAUCGGCUGGCUGAUCGCCAAGCGCCUCGAGGCAUUCGGCUGCGUCGUCUCCUACCACUCGAGGGCGCCCAAGGCCUCCGUCCCCUACCGCUACUUCCCCGACGCGCACGCCCUCGCCGCGGACUCCGACGCCCUGGUCGUCGCGUGCGCGCUGAACGACGCGACGCGGCGCAUCGUGGGGCGGCGCGUGCUGGACGCCCUGGGACCGGGCGGCGUGGUGGUGAACGUCGCGCGCGGGGGGAACGUGGACGAGCAGGAGCUCAUCGCCGCGCUGCAGGAAGGGAGGAUCGCCGGCGCCGGGCUCGACGUGUUCGAGAACGAGCCGCAUGUGCCGCCGGAGUUGCGAGACAUGGACAAUGUCGUGCUGACGGCACACGAGGCGGUGUUCACCGAGGAGUCCACCGCUGACCUCCGCGAGCUCAUGAUCGGGAACCUGGAGGCCUUCUUCUCCGGGAAACCGUUGCUGACGCCCGUGGCUCUUCCAUAGCUAGUAUACAUAGCUAACUGAUCCAUUCGAGACUCCACGAGUUGAUUCUAUUUUACUGCAAGUGGAGUGCAUUGCAUCUAUGUUUCAGUGUAAGGUGAAAGCACCAUCCGGAAUGUUCAUGACCCAACAGAUCCUAUUGUGUUUCGGUAUUGCUACACGAACUAGGUAGUUACAAGCUGUAGCACUUUUGUUUCAGUUGUGAACUUGUGAUCAAUGGGGUAGUACAAUGUGUUUAAGAUGAUGAAUAAGUCCAGUGCAGAGGCACGGCACCACACGGUGUGUGUGUAUAUGUUUCCAAGAAA